GGAAGUUCGCCAGCAAAAUUUACAUUUACAUUUAAGUCAUUUAGCAGACGCUCUUAUCCAGAGCGACUUACAAAUUGGUGAAUUCACCUUCUGACAUCAGUGGAACAGCCACUUUACAAUAGUAACGUUUUCGUUGUCCUCUCGUCACAGUUCUGGCUGUACAAUGGAUUGGAAGGGAGAUACUGGCGGUCACAACCAUGACAGUUGCCAUGGCCACGGGGGUCACUCGCAUGUGCCUGCGGUGCAUGGAUUCGGGGAUCACGGCAGUAGGAUGGCACACGGAUUCAUGCCUGCUUUCCAUGGCCAGUUUGGCCCAAGAGCUGGCCAGAUGAUAGACCCCACUCAGCAGCCCAAGAAACGUGCGCAUAUGGAUGACAGCAGCAGCUGGGACAUUGUCAAGGCAACACAGUUUGGUAUCCUGGACCGAUGUAAGGAACUGAUGGAGGCUGGUUACAAUGUGAGGCAGCCUGACAAGGAGAAUGUCUCCCUCCUACACUGGGCAGCCAUCAACAACCACGCAGAGGUGGUCAAGUAUUAUAUAUCCAAAGGGGCAGUCAUAGACCAACUAGGUGGUGACCUGAACUCCACACCCUUGCAUUGGGCCAUAAGGCAAGGCCACCUCUCCAUGGUGAUCCAGCUGCUGCGGUACGGAGCCGACCAAUCUGUGGCCGACGGGGAGGGCUACCGCAGCCUGCAUCUGGCAAUCCUCUUCCAACACAUGCCCAUAGCAGCCUACCUCAUGGCCAAGGGACAAGAAGUUGACCUUCCUGACUCAAAUGGGCAGACACCCCUGAUGUUGGCAGCACAGAAAAUCAUUGGGCCCGAGCCCACUAACUUCCUGCUGAAGUGCAAUGCGUCGGUGAGUGCGGUGGACAAAGUGAACAGGAACUCUCCGCUGCACUGUGCCGUGCUGGCGGGAAACGUAGACGCCGCACACAUCCUGCUGGAAGCCGGGGCUAGCGUGGAUGCCGAGAACGCCAACGGUGACACUCCCAUAGACUUGGCCCACCAGGUGCACAGCCCCCUGCUCGUCCACAUGCUCAACCACGUCAAGCAGGAGAGGAUACGCUCCAAAUCCCGCUGCCUGCGCCUAGUUAACCGGUACAGGGUGUGUCUUCAGUUUAUGUUCUGCGUUGCUGUGCUGGGCAGUGUGGGAGCGAUAGCUGACUUGAGCUCAGAAUCCUGGCUGCUGAAAGGGGUUCUGCUGGCCUGUGUGAUGGCUGUGGUCAACCUGGCUCAACGGCAAUUGGCGAGCCCGGCCCUGCAGUCGCUGGUUCCUGCUACAACUCUUAUGGCAUCAGUCUUCUGGAUGCUGGUCACCUGGUGCCUGUGCUUCCUGCCUGAUGGUCCCAGUGCCACGGUACAGGUGUUGUUCACUGUCAACGCCACGGUUCUGCUCUACUACUACCUCCGCUCCUGUCGGACUGACCCCGGCAUCGUCAAGGCAACUGAGGAAGAGAAAAAGAUGAAUGUGGUGUUGCUGGCAGAGGCGGGCUGCUUGGACCCCAGUAUCUUCUGCACUUCAUGUAUGAUGAAGAAGCCUAUGAGGGCCAGUCACUGCUUCUCCUGUGACGCCUGCGUGGCGAAACAGGACCAUCACUCCAUCUGGAUCAAUGGCUGCAUCGGUGCCAGGAAUCACCACUUCUUUGUUCUCUUCCUCCUCUAUCUCUGCCUGAUGGGAGCGUGGAUGUUCUACGGAUGUCUCGUGUACUGGUCAAAGCACUGCCCGCUGCACUACCAAGAGGAGGGUGUGUGGGCCAUCUCUGCCCUGGUGGGCUGUUCUUCCUGGGUACUGGGUGUCUUCUGUCUAGCUUUCUUCCAUACCUCCUGGGCUUCCAUACUACUGGUCAUACAGCUCUACCAGAUUGCGUUCUACGGCCUGACAAACACAGAGAUGGCAAACCUGGUGCUUCGUCAGAGGAAACUCCCACAAUCCAUCUCUCUCAGACAGAACCCUUACAAUUUGGGUGUGGUGCGGAACCUUGUGUCGUUCUUCCAGCUGCGUUGCUGUGGGCUGUUCAAGCCCGCCAUGGUCGACUGGACCCAGCAGUACCCACCCGGCCGAGACCACAUGUUCGGCCAGCCCAACAUUGUCUGACCCCACAGGGGGCAGCUAGGACCUGGAUCCACUAUCGUUCUGGACCAAACGGAUGAAGCUUAUUUAAAAAAUCUAUAUUUUGGACUGCCUGUGAAGAAACACCACUAUAAAGAGAUAGCAUGGAGGAAGUUU